AUGGAUAUUGAUACGAAUUCAAAUGUUACUGUUGAUUCUUUAUUGAAAACUUAUCCAUCAUUAAAAAGAAUACCUGAUAAAGAUCGUAUUAAAUGCAGUUGGACGCAACAUGAAAUACCAGCACGUGUUGAUGCAAUUGAAAAAUACAUUCAGGGAAAAAAAUAUCAACAAAGUUUAAAGAAGAAAUUCGAUUAUGAUUCUUUGGAUUUGUAUAAAGAAUUUCUUGAACCAAGUACAAAAAAGAAUCAUGAAAAACAAUUAUUUUGCAAAUUAACAUCUCGUCAUUUAAAUAAAGAACCACAUCAUAUCAUGAAGCAUAUUGAAGGAAAAAAAUUCAAACGAGCCUAUGCUCUUUGGCAAAAAUGCCAAGAAGAUGGAACGGAAUAUGCUCCAGUAGGUAGAAGAAAAAAGAAACAACAAAUGUCAGUUGGAGAUGAUGACGAUGAAUAUGUUGAUUUAAGUGAUGAUGAAAUUGUUGUGGAAGAUGAUGAUGAUGAUCUUUCAGAUUUAUAUCCCGAUUUUCGUCGUUUACGUGCAAGUGAUUUAAAAGAAGAAGAAGCAACUACAAAUGAAGAUAAUGAUAAUAAUGCAAGUGGAACAAAAAGAAAAGCCCAAGCAUCACAAAUUAAAAAACCAAAGAAACUUGCAGCACCAAGUUCAAAAAGAAUGCGAGCAUCUGACGAUACAAUGUCUAAUGGAAAUGAUUUAAUUAAACCAACAAAAACAAUGACUUUAACUAUCUGA